AGCGUCAGCUGUUAUUCAAUUUGAAAAGUAAAAACAAAACCGCUUAAACAUAAAAUAAGCAACGCUACCUGCAGUUUCAGUUAAAAUAAUGUCAACUAAAGGAAAACUAUGUGUAAAAUGUGAAGAGGACCACUUUCUGGAUCCGCAUCCACAUUGUGUUCAUGGUCCGACUUUGCUCUUCUAUUAUGAAAAUGAACCACCACAAAAAGGUUUCUAUGGCUGCGCGGCUUACCGGGAUAAAAAAAUGUGCUCAUUCCAUUUGCCAGCAGAUUCAUUGACAGAAAAGUAUUUAAAACAAAAUUUGGAUACAUCAACACAAAUUUAUAAAAAACUGCGUUAUGAUCCACGCGCACCACUUGAAUAUUUCUAUUGUGUCAAUUGCGAUGCACCAGUAGGAAAAGAUCAUCAGAAAGAUUGUGUGGAACACAAAGUAAUCGCGGGCGAUUUGCUAAAGAAUCCAACACAGUUUCUGCGUCCACUCGACAAUGACAAAGGACAGGCACAGUAUUUCUUUGAUGAAAGAGCAUUGAAUUUGUUUGUUAAAUGCUUUCGUGACAUGGGCAUAAAUAAAGUGGUUUGCAUUGGUGCACCGAGAUUGCACACUUUUUUAAAGUUGCAUUGUGAGGAUAUAAAUAGUUUUCUCUUGGAUUUUGACAAACGUUUUUUGUAUUUCUUUGAUGACUGGGAGUAUGCCUGGUAUAAUAUGUGCAACAACUACUUCUUUGAUUCCAAACAACAAAUAAUGUUUCGUAAUUUUCUAAAUAAUCAAAACAAUGAACACCUAUUAAUAUUCACUGAUCCACCUUAUGGUUGCCGCACAGAAGUCAUAGCAAACACAUUACAUCAACUGGUACAACUUUAUCAUAGUAUUAAUAAAUCCAAAUACUUUCCAUUGCCGCUAUUUUGGAUAUAUCCAUAUUUCUCGGAACAACACAUACAAAAAGUCAUGCCGGAAAUGCAGAUGUCUGAUUAUAAGGUCAAUUAUACAAACCACUCUACUUACACGGACGGUUUGAACAAAAUACGUAAGCAGGGUUCACCUGCACGUAUAUUCACUAAUGUAUCACUUGAGAGAUUAAUAUUACCUGUAGAGGAGGAGUAUAAAUAUUGUGCUAGCUGUAGGCGCUACACAGCUCUGGAGAAUCGUCACUGCCAACAGUGCGGCAUUUGUCCAUCGAAGAACGGCAGCACAUAUAAACAUUGCCAAUUAUGUGGUAUAUGUGUGAAGCCGAGUUAUGUCCAUUGCCGUAACUGUCGUCGUUGUACACAAGUUGAAGGACAUAACUGUACGGAGUAUCAGACAAAGCAACGUUGCUGGAUUUGCAGACAGUCGGGACAUAUAGAGAAAAAUUGUGCCACAUGGCAAAAUAUUCGAAAUAAAAUGAUUUUGUUGAAUUACAACUCCAGAGAAACGGAAAAAGCAAUUGUUUGUUACAUUUGCGAUCAGAAGGGACACAAUGAACUAAAAUGUAAAGAACGUGUAAAGUAUUUUGAGGAAACUUCGUUUUGUGGUGAAGUACAACUCAAAUUGAAACUGUAAAUAACAAAAGUCAUAAUAAAGUCAAGAAACUUCUAAGAAGCUAAUCUCAGGUAUGGAACUAUAACGAAAGAUUUAGUUAAUAAUAGCAAAUAGUUUUUAA